CUUUCUCUUGACAUCUCUCUCUUUUCUCAACUCCUCUGUUCCAAGAAGAUUUAAACCUUCAUAUUCAACUUCGAUACACCAAUACAGAAAAUGCAAAUGCUAAGAACCCUAAGCACGAGGACAAGGAGCCGUCGCAGCGGAUACGAGCGUGUAAGCGAUGAUUCCACUUUUAGCUUACUCGGAGCAAAGCUAAGGAGGUCAACUAGUGUUCCAUACUAUGCUCCAUCGAUACGACUUGGUGGAGAUCUUCCUGUGGUUUUGGAAAAGCUUCCAAGCCAAAAACCAAAUAAGACAGUGGUGUCAAGCAAACCAAGCCAUCCGAUCUUCAGUUUAUUUGGUGGUUAUCGUCGCGGUAGCAAGAAGAAAGCAACGGCUAAACCAGAGUUCUCUAGAUACCAUGAAUACCUUAAAGAAAGUGGAAUGUGGGAUUUGAAAUCUAAUACUCCUGUUAUCUACUUUAAGUAGUUGUAUAAUCUAUUUUU